AUGUAUGCUCUAGUAGAAAAUAACCAUAUCGAUUUAAUUAAUAAUUUAAAAAGAAGAGGAAUAAUUGAUGAUGAUGAAGUAUAUGAUACUAUGUUACAGGUAGAUCGAGGUAGAUAUAUAAAAGAAAAUCCAUAUGUCGAUACUCCUAUUUACAUUAGUCAUGGUGUAACUAUAUCAUCUCCACACAUGCAUGCUUUAUCCUUAAAACGGCUUAUGAAUGUGUUAAAACCGGGUUCAAGGGCAAUUGAUGUUGGUUCGGGGUCAGGAUAUCUUACAGUAUGUAUGGCAAUACGAACAAACGUUUUAAAAAAUAAAAAUUCUUUUGUUAUUGGAAUAGAAAGAGUAAAAGAGUUAGUAGAUUUUUCAAUUGGAAAUAUAAAAAAAGAUAAACCAGAAUUAUUAAAUAUAGAAAAUUUUAAAAUUAUACAUAAAAAUAUAUAUCAAGUAAAUGAAGAAGAACAAAAAGAAUUAGGUUUUUUUGAUGCGAUUCAUGUUGGUGCAUCUGCUAGUGAACUUCCUGAUAUAUUAAUAAAAUUAUUAGCAGAAAAUGGAAAACUUAUAAUACCUUUAGAAGAAGGUCCAACACAAGUUUUAUAUGAAAUUACAAAAAAAAAUGGAAAAAUCAUUAAAGAUCGAUUAUUUGAAGUUUGUUUCGUUACUUUAAAAAAAAAUUAA